AUGAAGCUCUCAUUUAUACUUCUUAUUUCAUCUGUAGUUGCAGGGUCAGUCAUUCAGAAGCGUUAUGACCAUAACGGCAAUGGUGUUCCGGACUCCUGUUACGACGACGACGCUAGAGUUACACACUGCCUCGAUUCAGACAAUAAAUGGACGACUUUCAAAGGCACCGCUACCUCGAUACAGACAACAAGUCCGAGUUCCUCGGAAACUGUUUCUAUGGUCUCUCUAUCAACCAGCUCUACCAAAGUACCAAAUUCUUCGAAACUUUCAAGCUUGGCUGGAGUAACCACUUCAUCCAGAUUUGCAUCGUCGUUGCGGAUGUCAGCCUCCCUUGGAGCAACAACCUCUUUCAAAGCUUCAUUCUCACCCAUCUCCGUCCCCACCCUUCCCUCCCCCUCAACAUUCGCCACCCAAAACAACACCAAAUGGUUCAUCUCACGCAUAGGCUACAUCUACUCGAGCAGCAUCCCUGACCUAAAUUGGGACAAAGGUCGCACCUCCGUCAUCUCCGGAACUACCUUCUGGAACUUUGGUGACGUAUUAUCCAAGCACGGUCUCAAAGAUGGCUUCUCCAUGGGCGCCGCUUUCUACGCUUCGAAGAAGAAUAUGCUAGAGGUUGAUAUGAAGGAUAUCAAGAACGUGAAUGGUUGGGACUUUGCGAAGGCCUGGGUGGGAGAUCCGCCGCCACGGAAUGAUACGCCGUUUUGGGGGAUGGAUACGUCGAAUGUGGUGGAGGUGGAGCCUGGUGUGGGGGUGGGGCUUGUGUGGGAAAUCUGGAGAUCAACCACAGGCAAGUACGUCGACCGCGGAUCCGGCAUGAUCAAAGUCACGCUCGGCUUAAAAGUCCCCAUCGCGAACCGCACCGGCCCUCUCAUCACCGGACCUGGUGGUCUCCAAGUCGGACUCAUGACUGUCCUCAAAGCAGAAGGCUAUGUCUACGUGUAUAGCAACGGCGCGUCUUCAAACUUUGUCGUCGGCCGCGUGAAGCUCAGAGAUGCGUUCGAUGCUACGAAGUAUGAGUUUCUGAAGAAGACUGGAAAUUGGGUGACUGGUAUCCCGAAAGCGAAUGAUACGAGUUAUGGUGUUCAGGGACAUGUGAUGAGUAAUGGGCAGGGCUCAAUCAAGUACUCGAAUUAUCUUAAGAAGUACAUUUUAUUCACGGGCGCGUAUGGGUAUUACAUGAAUUUCUACACGAGCGAUACUCCGUAUGGUCCGUGGUCUGGGAGGUAUAUUCUUACAAUUCAGUGUGGAUACGGGAUUAAUGUACAUCCGGAAUUUAGUCCUGGCGGUGAUCAUAGAGUGCUUUAUAUUUCGAGUGGGGCAGCAGAUGGAAUUACGAUGUACAAGGUGGAGUUUUAG